AUGACCGCGGUGACCUUCGCCGAGGACGGCCCGGGAUCCGUCCCGGGUGCCACCACGCCGGCAGCUCCCGCGGAUCCCGGGGCCCCCAAGCCCAAGGUCAUGCUCCCCGGCGCGUGCGCCCUCUGCGCGUGCACGUCGGCCAGACGGUGGUACCGACUGGACGAGCCCAUGCCGAGGGCGGACCCCACCGACGACGACGGCGCCGACGACGACGCCACGUACGUGGCGGGCAAGGGAACCAGCAGGGAGCGCCGUCUGCCGCUCAUGCUGGGCAGGCGCGCGCAGUGGACCGGCGCGGGUGCCGGCGCCGCGCUCAACGAAGCGCGCCUCUGCCCGUACUGCCACGUGCAGAACGAGCAGCUGUGGCAAGAGUCGAUCGGCGCGGGGGCGCGCACCCCAGCGGACGUGCGAUCCACGCUGUCGAGGUUCGACCGGGUCAUGAGCAUCCUCGCGCCGCGACGGGGCGGCGGAGGCGGACCGGGCGGCGUUGGGGGAGGCCGGGCGCGCCGGCGGAAGAACGGCGCGUCGGGACGAACCGGGUACGGCCAAAACUUUGACGACGCCGACGCGACCCAACUCGCGGGGGAUCGCGAUUUUGUCGCGAGGCUGUCCACGUCCGCGCCGUCGUCGACGGACGAGGGCGGCGCGCUGCUCCUGCGCCGGGCGAUGAACGGCCUCGGCGUCGGGCACGGCACGGGCAGGAGCGCGCGGGAGGAGGCGGAACUGCGUGAGGAACUCGCCGCGGCGGCGCGGCUCGGGCAUCGCCGGCGGCGGCGAUGGGCCAACGACAGGCUGCUGAGGGAACUGGGCGGACGCAUGUCGGUGGCGGAGAUGCAGGCGCAGUUCAUGCCCCCGCCCUUCGGCGCGCCCGCCAAGCCCACCGCGUUCGAGGCGAUGCUGGACGCGCAGGCGCGGGGCGAGUGGACGGGGUUUCACAAGGUUGACAUGGAUAAGGAGAAGGCGUUUUUGGACAAGGUGAGAGCCGCGGAGGCGGCUUCCAGGACGCACAGGCACGAGUCCGAGAGCUACGCCGCGGCGGGUUGGGCGAGGACGAGCGCAAGGGCGAGGGCGGCGUUGAGGUCCGUGGCCCGGAGGUCCCCGGAGAGGCUCGAGGAUCUGGAGAACGUCGUGUUGGACUUCGCGGAGGAGUUUGCGAACACGGGUCGCGAGCUCGCGCUCCCCUUGGACGACGGCUUCGGCAGGCUGCUCGCGCACGGGCUGUGCGAGUUUCACGGCGUCGUCGCGACGUCAAGGCCGACGAAGUUGGGUGGGAAGGAGCUCGUCGUGCGGGCUCCGAGCGUCGCGAGCAUCUCCGGGCGGGAUCAGGAGCCGGAGGAGGGCGACGACGACGACGACGAGGAGGCGGCGGUUGGGGAGAGCGCCGAGCCCGCGCGGUGGAGGGCACCGUCGACGUGCGCGGAGUUUCUUCGGCUUCUGGAGCGCAGCGGGGGCGCGGGGAGUCUGGAGUGA